UGCCGCCGCCCCCUCCUUGGAAACCAAGUUACCAACGUUUAAACCAAUCCCCGAGCGCAACUCUGCCUCCCCCACACUCCACCCGCCGCGCCGCGCCGUCCUCUAGCCGGGCUCGUCACUCGCGCUCCCCUCGCUUCCUUCGCUUCCCCCGCGGCGGCGAUGCCAGGGCCUUCGCCAGGGCUGCGCCGAGCGCUACUCGGCCUCUGGGCUGCCCUGGGCCUGGGGAUCCUUGGCCUCUCAGCGGUCGCGCAGGAGCCCUUCUGGGCAGACCUGCAGCCCCGCGUUGCGCUUGUGGAGCGCGGGGGCUCGCUGUGGCUGAACUGCAGCACCAACUGCCCUCGGCCGGAGCGCGGUGGCCUGGAGACCUCGCUGCGUCGAAAUGGGACCCAGAGGGGCUUGCGCUGGCUGGCGCGGCAGCUAGUGGACAUCCGCGAGCCAGAGACCCAGCCCGUCUGCUUCUUCCGCUGCGCUCGGCGCACACUACAGGCGCGUGGGCUCAUUCGCACUUUCCAGCGGCCAGAUCGCGUAGAGCUGGUGCCGCUACCUGCCUGGCAGCCCGUGGGCGAGAACUUCACCCUGAGCUGUAGAGUCCCGGGCGCCGGUCCCCGCGGGAGCCUCACACUGACCCUGCUGCGCGGGGCUCAGGAGCUGAUCCGCCGCAACUUUGCCGGCGAGCCACCCCGAGCGCGGGGCGCGGUGCUCACCGCCACGGUACUGGCGCGGAGAGAGGACCAUGGAGCUAAUUUCUCGUGUCGCGCGGAGCUGGACCUUCGGCCGCAUGGCCUGGGACUGUUUGAAAACAGCUCCGCCCCCAGAGAGCUCCGAACCUUCGCCUUGUCUCCAGACUCCCCGCGCCUCAUUGCUCCCCGGCUCCUAGAAGUGGGCUCAGAAAAGCCGGUGAGCUGCUCUUUGGACGGACUGUUUCCAGCCCCGGAGGCUGGGGUUUACCUCGAAUUAGGAGAUCAGAGACUGAAUCCUUAUGUCACACUCGAGGGGGACGCCCUCAUGGCCACUGCUACGGUCACCGCAAGCGCAGAGCAGGAGGGUGCCAGGCAGCUGGUCUGCACCGUGACCUUGGGGGGCGAAAGCCGAGAGACCCGGGAGAACCUAACGAUCUACAGCUUCCCCGCGCCCCUCCUGAACCUGAGUGAACCCAACGCCCCUGAGGGGAAGAUGGUGACAGUAACCUGCACAGCCGGGGCUCGGACCCUGGUCGCACUGGAGGGAAUUCCAGCUGCUGUUCUGGGGCAGCCCGCCCAACUCCAGCUAAACGUCACUGAGAAUGAUGACAGGCGCGGCUUCUUCUGCGAAGCCAUCCUCGAGGUGGAUGGGGAGAUCUUGAGCAAGAACGAGAGCGCGGAGCUUCGCGUCCUAUAUGGUCCCCGGCUGGACGACUCUGAUUGUCCCAGAAGCUGGACGUGGCCAGAGGGCCCAGAGCAGACACUGCGCUGCGAGGCCCGAGGAAACCCAGCGCCCUCAGUGCAUUGCGCGAGGCCCGACGGCGGGGCUGUGCUGGCGCUUGGCCUACUGGGUCCGGUCACUCGCGCACUCGCGGGCACUUACCGCUGCACAGCGGUCAAUGUACAGGGCGAGGCGGUCAAGGACGUGACACUAACAGUAGAAUAUGCACCGGCGCUAGACAGUGUGGGCUGCCCAGAACAGAUUACUUGGUUGGAGGGAACAGAGGCCUCGCUGAGCUGUGUGGCACACGGGGUCCCUCCGCCCAACGUGAGCUGUGUACGCACUGGGGAGGCCAAAAUUGUCGAAGGGCUGCUGCGCGUGGCUCGGGAGCAUGCAGGCACUUACCGAUGCGAAGCCACCAAUGCUCGAGGUUCUGCAGCUAAAAAUGUGGCUGUCACGGUGGAAUAUGGCCCCAGUUUUGACGAGCUGAGUUGCCCCAGCAACUGGACCUGGGUGCAAGGAUCUGGACGACUGUUUUCCUGUGAUGUCGAAGGGAAGCCAGAGCCAAACGUGGAGUGCGUGGGCUCUGAGGGUGCCAGUGAGGGGACGGUGCUGCCGUUGGCAAGCUCAAACCCUAAUCCUAGAGACCCCGCUAUUGCUAGUGACCUGACACCUGGUAUCUACAUCUGCAACGCCACCAACCGGCACGGCUCCAUGGUCAAAACAGUUGUCGUGAGCGCGGAGUCGUCGCCACAGAUGGAUGAGUCCACCUGCCCAAGUCAUCAGACAUGGCUGGAAGGGGCUAAACCUGCAGCGCUGGCCUGCACCGCCCGAGGUCAGCCCUUCCCACAAGUGCACUGCUCCAGAGAGGGUGCGCCCCAGCCUGAGAGGCAGCGCGUGUCCCGAGAGGAUGCGGGUACCUAUCUCUGUGUGGCCACCAAUGCUCAUGGCACAGAUUCCCGGACCAUCACUGUGGGCGUGGAAUACCGUCCGGUAGUUGCGGAGCUGGCCGCCUCACCCUCGAGCGUGCGGCCAGGCGGGAACUUCACAUUGACCUGCCGCGCAGAGGCCUGGCCUCCAGCCCAGAUCAGUUGGCGCGCACCCCCGGGAGCCCUCAACAUCGGCCUGUCGAGCAACAAUAGCACGCUAAGCGUGGCGGGCGCUAUGGGCAGUCACGGCGGGGAGUACGAGUGCGCCGCCACCAACGCGCACGGGCGCCAUGCACGGCGCAUCACGGUGCGCGUGGCUGGUCCGUGGCUGUGGGUGGCCGUGGGCGGAGCGGCCGGGGGCGCGGCGCUGCUGGCGGCUGGGGCGGGCCUGGCCUUCUACGUGCAGUCCACAGCCUGCAAGAAGGGCGAGUACAACGUCCAGGAGGCCGAGAGCUCAGGAGAGGCCGUGUGCCUCAACGGCGCGGGCGGGGGCGCCGGCGGGAGCGCGGAAGGUGGACCCGAGACUGGGGGCUCCGCGGAGUCGCCGUCGGGGGGCGAGGUCUUCGCCAUCCAGCUGACUUCCGCGUGACCUGCUCCCCUCUCCCCGCGGGCCGGGGGCCGCCCCCCAGGCGCACACGGGGGCUUAUUUAUUGUUCUAUCUAUUUAUUUAUUUAUUCAUUUAUUUAUUUAUUCAACUCCAGGGGUAUCACCCCUAUUUUCUACCCAUCUCCCCCAAUAAAGUUUUUAUAAAGGA